CGCUCAGCUGGUAGUCGCGCCGCGUUCUUAUUUCAAAUAUCGAAUCUUAUCUUUGUUUACUUAAAAAAAAAUCUUUUUAAUAUUAAUUGUUUAACUAUUUGAAAACUGUGAAGUGUCCGGUAAUGGUAUUGUGCAAUCGUUUUUAUAUAAUAGAUUUCUAUUCAGUGUAUGUUAUCAAUGAAUAUGUAAUGGAAUUGACUUCGUAGAGAUUUAGAUGUGACGCAUCAUGGGGGUCACCACGGUCCGAUUGGUUCAGGACGGUAUUCGUCUUCAUCCCUAUUUAGUGGCAUUCGCACGCUGGUGUAUCUCCACACUCUGGAGCUCAGCUACCGUCCUGAUCCACCGGAUCAUCACCACACCAUUACCUGUUCCCAGAUCACCUAAGCCGCGCCCAGCAUCAUCUGAUCAUCUUCACCCAGAACCUCGUGUCGAUUGCGAGGUGCUUCACCACCCAGACAACCACACCGUUGACGUUAUUUUCGUACAUGGACUAUACGGAUCUCUAGCUAACACAUGGCGACAAGGUGAAUGGAGAAACAAUAGAAAUAAUCCCGAAAAACAAUUACUUCGAAAUCAUUCCAACUCCAACUUCUCACAGAAUAACAAUAACAAUGAAAGUGAUGCAGAGAAAGAUAUUGUUAUAUAUAAGAAUGAUUGUGACGCGUACGAAAAGACUGUCGAUUUUUAUAACGUUUCGAGAAUGUCCGAUGAUUUUAUAACCGAGAAGUUUUGCGGCGAUAAUCUUGACCAUGUAGAGGUUGUUGACAAUUACGAAACACAAGCGAAGUUUGUGCGUGAUUUGUUUGAAAGUUAUGGGUGUGGAAGUGAAAUCGGUACAAACGGUAUAUACAUUACAAAUGAUACUGAUGAAAAUGAGGAUAGUUCCAAUAGUACGUAUUGUGAUGUAACGAGCGGUAGUGCCUUGAGUGAUAGAAGUGAAAUAAGCAGGACUUGUAAUUGUUGUAACUGUGAGACUGGUUGCGGCUGUAUCUGUGAUAAAUGCUAUUCUCCUUGCUGGCCGAGAGAUUGGAUCCCAAUGGAUUUCCCGGGAGCUAGAGUUAUAUCUAUCAACUAUACCAGCGACCCAUAUCUUUGGAGGCCACUUUGGGUAAAGGAAUUCAAAAGGUUACGCUUGCACGAGAGAGCUGAGCAGAUGACGUCACAGCUCUUAGAUCUUGGAGUGGGUCAGAGGCCCAUCAUAUGGGUGGGUCAUUCUAAGGGCGGGCUGUUUAUAAAACAAAUUUACUGUGAAGCAUAUAAUGCGCAUUUACGACUUAAUGAGAAUGAAAACGGAAAUACUGAUGAUAAAUUGGGAGAGGAUUAUAGUAAAUAUACAUUAGUAAAUAGCCAGGACUACAAUGAAGAAAUAGUUAACAAUUCUGAUAGUUAUGAAGUUUCAGAUGAGUUAAGGUCGAGAUUGUGGAACAAGAGUGCAGGCUUCAUGUUCUAUUCGGUUCCUCACAGAGGCUCCCCGCUGGCUGAUAUUAAGACUCCAAUAACAGCAAGGAGUAUUGAACUGCUGGAGAUUUGUAAAGAUUGUGCUCUGGUGAUGACACUCCAAGACCGCUGGUUGGCUGCUACGUCGAGGGUUCAGCCGGUUGUUCAUAGCCUGGUAGAGACCUGCCGGACACUCAUGUCCGUGCUGUGGCUGAGGAUUGUCAGCGUAGACUCCGCUGAUCCGGGCAUUGGUUCGCUGUACGGAAUGUCUGUAGACCAUAGACAAAUCUGCAAACCCACGAGUAGACGCUGCGUCCUGUACACAGAUCUCGUCAAUUUGAUGCAAAGCGCUCUGUCAAAGUUCGACAAAUUAUAGGAUAUAUAAAAUUGGCAGUUUUAUGUCUGUUUGCUCAUGAAGUAGUCUGAAAAUUAACAAUUACGAUUGAUGGCAAUAUUCGACUUAAUAAGUAUUCGUAGGGUAAAAUGAAGGUCUAACCUAUACUACGAUUUUUUUUUCCAAACAUUCAUAGGUCGAUUUUCUUGUAAUCAAAUUUAUUGAAAAAUGAAUUAAAUAUUCUUCUUUUAUUUUAUUUUGGUUUAAGUUUAUAAUCUGGUUGCCAAAGCUCUAAAUAAAAAAAAAAUUACAUUUUAAAUUAAUCACGUUGCUUUUUUAAUACCAACAUCAAGACAGACAUCAUUGAGUGCCUAUGAAUGUCAAGUUAGUUCGUUUGGCGGAAGAUCGAACUAUUAAGAUAUUAUAAAUAAUUUUACAUGGUAUUAUUAUAAUUUAUUACACAAUGAAGCAAUGGAUUCUAGGGUAAUUUUACAAAUAUAUUUAAUCUUUAUAGUUUUAUUCAUUGAUAUUAUGAAGUUGUCUGCAUAACUACAUAACAGUACAUAUAAUCAAAAAUGACAAAAAGACCAAGUUAUAUUAAAAUAUGCGUGACGUCAGUAUUCGUAAGUAUUCAAACUUAUGAUUGGUGAUUUUUGUAGUGUAUCUGACGUCACCGUGAUGUUACAAAGAUGUCGAGCUGUCCCUAUAUCAUCGCGUGGGGAUUAUGUUUUUUUUUUGAGUCUGUUCACUACAAUGUUACAGUUAUUUAUGAUACUAAUGUAAACGUAAUGUGAAUGUAAACUCGUAUCCAUAGUUUGUAAAUACCAAAUACCACAUGACUGUGUGUUGUGAAAGGUUUUUCAUCAUUUGCGAUAAAACAAUAAUAAAUCAUUUUAUUCAGGCUACAAGGCCCAUAAAAUAAAUACCUUAUAAUCUAACUAACAUACAUAUUUAUAUAACUUAAAUGAAAUCAAUACAAUAGGUGAUUAUACAAACUUUUUUGUAAUAAAAUAUCAGUCAAGGUCGCAAUUAUAAUACUGUUGUUUGAAAUUUCUGAUAUGAAAAAGUCGAAACUGUUGUAACGAGUGAUUCUAAGUUGAGAGAAGAAUCCUUUAUAAAUAUCAGUCGGAGAGUCGCAACUGUACUUACAUUUUAUCAGAAAUAUGCAUAUCAAUGUCGUUAAAUCUUCUCGUCCCAAAUAUCACAGUGUCUGAACACGAAGGUUUUCAACCAGUGUGUGUUGCCAGUGAUGACUUACAGAACGCAAACUUUCUUUUCCUCGUCUUUCGACAUUAAAUCCAUGCAUUUUUUAUUUUAACUUUUUAAUAACCUCUUUUUAAAGAAUAUUCGGCAUAUUAGUUGGGGAUUUUUUUUCUUUAUAUUUCUAUGCUAAAUGCUGCUAGUUGUUAAUAAAUGUAUUUUAAUUAUUUGCCAUAAUGAUCACUGGUUACUAGAAGUAGAUCAAAAAGUAGUGGGUAAUAUAGUCAUAUUUACAAUACUAUGGUUAUAUUAAAUUUAAGCUAUCCUUACGUGGAAGUGUAUCAAGAAUACUGGCAGCAUUUCCGCGUUGGGUUGAUCGAACCGAAAUAGCUAUAAUAAUAAUAGUUUCCAGUAACCAUAUAGAGGUGCGAAGAUAGUACUUUGUACAUUCUCCGGGCAACGGUACCUACUCACUCCGGAUCGCUGAGUGUCUUCCUAAAAUAAAGAAGAAAUAUGUUAUAUCCCGACUAUCUGACCCGACAGACGUUGUUCUGUAUGUAAUAAAUAAAAUACUGAUAUUUUUUAAGCAUUUGUAAAUAAUAUUUCAAAACAUCAAGAAUUAUUUCGUAAAAUAUGCUACCUGUUGUUAUAAUGAAAUUGUUUUACACCAGAACUGUCAAACCGUACGUCAAUAAAUUCUCUCAUAGUAAAUAUGUCCAUACAAAGCAAAUAUUGGAAAUAAAAAUAAUUAUGGGUUCCAAAUCGAUAAAAAAAAACUAUCCCAUCUCACAAGUUCGACUAAACUGCAUUCCAUGCAUUAAUCCACAUUAAAAUCAGAUCAUAAGUUUAGGAGUUCACUGGAACAAACAUCAGGAUUUAUAUAUAUAAAGAUCUGUAUAUACUAUAUAUAUUCGCGUUUACGAAUCAAACGAACAGCUGAUCGAUGUCGACCAUGUUUUUUUGCGUUCGAGUGCUUAAAAUAGGUUUAUAGAAGGGUCGUAGCUACUAUACUAAAACCCUCUCUCUAAGGCUGUAACAUAAUACCCCUUAUCAUAAUGGUACGCUAACUUAAAACAGCCGCUAAGGAGUAUUUUUUCUCAUUCUGACUUAGGUCAAUAGAAGAAGACAGAGUGUGAAUAAGCAAUGCUUUAACUUAGCAGACUAUUAUGCAUAAGGGGUAUUAUGUUAGAUCCUUGAGACUAAGCUAAAUAAAAUUAAAUAAUAAUUAUAAAAGUAUAUUUAGAUAGCUAAUUCAAUAUUUUUCGAAUGUUCUACUGUAAGUAAUUCUGUUAUAUAGAUACUUAGUGUAUCCUUUUUGUGCAAUAAUAAUGUGCCCAAAUAAAAUCGUAUUAGGUUUAAGUUUUGGCUGACAACAAUAAAAAGUUGUUACAUUUAAAAAAAAUACCAAAUCCUUUGAUUGGCUUUCAAUAUGCUUGUAUCGAAUAAGUUAUUUAUAUAAUUGUAUGAAUUUAAAAAAAAAAUAUCACACUGAUUUACAAGUUGAUGCUUGCUUACUGAUAACUUCCAUAGUGCUUGUGCGGCGGGACCGUGUUUUUAAUUCAUUUUCUAAUAAUUAAGCAUACUUAAAUUAAUUGGGGCAACAUCAAUACUGAAUAUAACUUCUAGACCCUUGACAAACUUCUAGUUUUGCACUGAAGUUGCUGCGAAUAGUUGCAAAUGUAAGCGGGAUGGGUAAGCUAUGUUCAGGCAUUACUGU